AUGGCUCCAAUUCCUCUUCAGGUGUCCAUCAAACGACUAUCUCAGCCCAAAGAAGGGGAGAACGGCUAUGAGGGCUUCAAGCCUGGCACACACACAGUGCACCCCGCUGGCAGUCGCCCUUUCAGCCAGACGGAUACCAAGCCCCUUCCAAUUGAUAUUCGCGUUGACCAUGAUGUGUCAGUGACCGCGCGAGACGGAGUGCGCAUCUACAUGGAUAUCUAUCGGCCCGCCUCUCAGGCGAGUCUCGACGUCUCAAAGCCAGAGAACAAGAUCCCCGCCAUUCUCUCCUGGUCCCCUUACGGCAAGAAAUAUUCGGCGCUCGACAUGUUGCCAAUGACUGUGUGGCAUACAUGUGUCAAGCGUGGCGAGCUCUCCGGCCUUGAGAAAUUCGAGGGCCUCGAUCCAGCCGUCUGGUGUCCGCACGGCUACGCCCUGAUCAGCGUGGAUACGCGCGGCGCGGGCAAUAGUGACGGGUCCAUGGUCAUUAUGGGGACUCAAGAAGGGGAGGAUGGCUACGAUGUGAUCGAGGCUGUGGCCAAGAUGCCUUGGUGCAACGGGAACGUCGGCAUGGCUGGAAACAGCUACCUCGCUAUCUCUCAAUGGUACAUCGCAAGCACCAGGCCACCAAGUCUGAAGGCCAUCGCACCGUGGGAGGGUGCAAGCGACCUGUACCGUGAGCAAUUCUGUCGUGGUGGGUGGUUCUCCAUGUCAAACUUUGAUCUCAUCACCAAAGAGAUUCUCAGGGGUCCGCCGAACUCCGGGGUCGAGGACUUCGCGGAAAUGUAUCGGAGGUCGCCCACUAUCAAUGCGUUCUGGAAAGAUAAGCGAGUCGAUCUGUCCAGGAUUGAGUGUCCGGCUUACAUCCGUGGAAGCGACGUGUCGAACCUGCACAACAUGGGCAGCAUACGCGCGUGGAUGGAGAUCCCACAUUCCAAGAAGUGGAUUCGGUGGGGCUCUUACCAAGAGUGGUUCGAACUUUAUUCCUGUCCAGAGGCCCAUGAGGAGCUUUUCAAGUUCAUGGACCGUUACCUCAAGGGCGAGGAUAACGGCUGGGAACAAGACACACCCAAGGUGCGGUGGGCUGCCCUGCAGUUUGGCGACCGAGAGGCUGUACAUGACAUUGUGCUGGAGGACUUCCCCGUUCCCAAGACAGAGUAUCUCAACUUUUUCGCCGCACCAGGAGGGAAAUUACUCGAAAAGUCACCGAGCGAGGUCUCAACGGCAGCCUACAACUCGGAGGACAGACAUUCUUGGGUCGAGUUCACUCACACUUUCGCGUCGGCUUCGCGCCUCAUCGGACUCCCAAAGACGGUUCUGUACGUGUCAGCAGAGGACACAGAUGACUUCACCGUUUUCGUAAUCCUGCGAAAGAAGGACAAGGAUGGGAAAGACUUGAUGCACCUGAACUUCCCUGUCCACGCGACGCCCGUGGGCAGCAUAAAGGAGAUCCCAGAAAAGCAACAGCAAAGCGUGAACUUGCACCUAGGGCAGAUGGGCAUCCUCCGCGCAUCGCAGAGGCACAUCGAUCCUAGCAAGAGCAUCCACCCGAACUUCCCUUUCCACCCACACGACCGCCAAGAGCCUGUUCCGAAGGGUACCGUUGUCAAGCUUGAGAUCGGUAUCUGGGCCCUCGGCGUGGACUUCGGCGCAGGCGAGAGCAUUUCCCUGCGCGUGGGUGGCCAGUAUCACAGUAUUGCGGAGUAUGCAAACUGGUCUGCGCCUAGGCCGGAGCAUGAACUCAACCGCGGUCAACAUACUGUCUACUUUGGCGGCCAGUACCCUUCUCAGUUGAUUCUGCCUUGUAUCGGCAAGCCUGAGGAGUCGGCAUGA